GUGUGGAGGAAGAACUGGUUUUAGCUUCCAUUCACAUACUCCUUUCUGACAUGUGAAAGCCAACCAGAGAAAAAGAGAGAGAGAGAGAGAGAGAGAGAGAGAGAGAAAGGGUGAUGGUGAUUAUCGUGUUGGUGUGUUGCAUACACUCUAGGCGUUGCAGCUUUCUUGGAAAAUCCACUGGGAAGUUUUGACACAAACUACAUUCAUUGCCCUCGCUACUACAGCAGCAGAUCUCCAUUAAGAUUCCAAUUUUUGCAGAGGAUUCAGAGAUUGAGAAAAACCCACCCCCCCCCCUCCCUUCCAUGCUUGUUUGUCUCUGUCUGUCUCUCUCAGUUUGAUUGUAUGAGUUUGUUUAGUUUGAGUCUCGCUCUGCUGCUUCUUCUCGGUUAAGGAAAGUAAAAUCCAAUUUGACAAAGAAGGAUGAACUCUGUGAAUUUAGGUUCAUGGGUUCAAGCCUGCUCGAUAUUUAAUCAUGCAGGGAGACCCAGAUCCCCAACUUGCUCGAGGGUUAGCCCUUUGCGGAGGUUGCCCAUGUCUUUCUCUCCAAGGGCGAGACGAGCUAUCAUUUCUUCUUCUGCUUCCAAAUCUGCGGUACAUGUCAUCAAGGAGGAAGAGGAGGAAAGACUGAAAGGAGGAGAAAGCCCGGAGAUGGAGGCAGCUCAGGCGGGCUUCAAUUUCAAAGCUUACAUGCUUCAGAAGGGAGCUUCCGUGAAUCAAGCCCUCGAAGACGCUGUUUCCCUCAAAGACCCGCUCAAGAUCCACGAAGCCAUGAGCUACUCCCUCCUCGCCGGCGGCAAGCGCGUGCGUCCGAUUCUCUGUAUUGCUUCCUGCGAGCUAGUCGGAGGCGAUGAAAAUACUGCCAUGCCGGCCGCGUGUGCGCUGGAGAUGAUUCAUACCAUGUCCUUGAUUCACGACGACCUCCCUUGUAUGGACGACGAUGAUCUCCGUCGUGGGAAGCCCACCAAUCACAAGGUCUUCGGCGAGGACAUGGCUGUCAUCGCCGGAGAUGCUCUUCUGGCCUUCGCGUUCGAGCACGUCGCCACUGCGACAGUCGGGGUUACGCCAGAGAGGAUCGUCCGUGUUAUCGGUGAAUUAGCUCAGGUGAUUGGGACGGGAGGCCUGGUUGCAGGGCAGGUGGUGGAUAUUGGUUUAGCAGGGGUUCCUGAUGUUGGAUUGGAGCAGCUUGAGUUCAUCCACAUCCACAAGACUGCUUCAUUGCUUGAAGGAUCAGUGGUUCUCGGAGCGAUUCUGGGUGGUGGAUCUGAUGAGCAAGUUGAGAAGCUGAGGAAAUUUGCGAGGUCUAUUGGGUUGCUGUUUCAGGUGGUGGACGAUAUCCUUGAUGUCACCAAAUCUUCCAAAGAUUUGGGGAAGACGGCCGGCAAGGAUUUAGCGGCUGACAAGACCACUUAUCCGAAGCUUCUGGGCUUAGAGAAAUCGCGCGAGUUUGCUGAGAAGCUAAACAAGGAUGCUAGGGAGCUCCUCUCUGAAUUCGAUCCAGAGAAAGCGGCUCCAUUGAUUGCUCUGGCUAACUAUAUUGCUUACAGACAGAACUAGUUCGUUCCUGGAAGAAAAUUUUUUGGUUGCCUAUAUUGUCUAGUAAUAAUUUGAAUGGAAAGGAUUCCAUGUUGGGAGUGGGGAAGAAGACUAGAAGGGCUAAUAGUCAGGCCUGUAUCAAAUCCAGAAUAACUAUGCAACCUUAACAGUUCAAUCCAUUAUUUAUAUAUGGUUCUGUCAUCUUCAGCUUUCGUGA